AUGAGUUCUUCAUCAAGCUCUCGCGAACCUUCACCAUCUAUGAAACAAACUUUACCAAACGAUUAUGGAGCACCUAUUGAAUAUUUCUUACGAGCUGCACAAUGGCAAAGAGCAGUCUCACCAAGGUUAGGUGUUCCACCAGCUCCUGUCAAAAAUAGCAUUUGGUCAAGUCCUUAUAUAAAAUAUGGUCUCCCACUAGGUUUGCUAGCUACAGCAGGAGCAGUUAUGAUGUUGAAAAGAAAUAAAGCAAAUGUUGUAAAUAAUACUGAAGUAGCUGAAGUUAAACAAACUCCAACACCUUCGCCAAAACCAACGCCUUCACAAGCAAAACCUUCAAUGACUCCUGAACCUAUGGAAGUACAAACUCCUGUUCAAAAGUCAACUCCUAAACCGACUCCAACAUUUAAACCAGAACCUACUCCUCAAAUAAAUCGUAAAACUCCUGCGUUUCCUUACUGA